AUGCAACGUCCGAACGAUCCACUAGCUCAACGAGCCUUAUUGAAUUUCAACAUAACUGGAACAGACUUGUACGACCUCUUCGGGAAAUACGGUGCGAUACGUCAGAUCCGUCUGGGAAACGAUACCAAUUUGAAAACAAAGGGUACGGCGUAUGUGGUGUAUGAGUCACCGGAUGAUGCGAAGGAAGCUAUCAAUCACUUGAAUGGGUUUCAUCUGAUGGAGAGGUAUAUCGUUGUGCUGUACCACCACCCAUCGAAACAACAGGCAUCGGCACUUGCCAAAGCAGAACUACGUGCGAGGGAACAGGCAUUGGCGGAGGAGAAGAAGAGGUUAGGAUUGAAAGAUGAGUAG